CACAGAUGAACAAUUGUUGUUGAGAUGUUGACUUGAAGAGCCAGCCUUAAGCGACACAAAAGUAUUAUUUAAAAACAUUGUUGUGGUGACGCAAAGGUUUAAAAUGAACAGUGGACUGGUUAGGCUAUAGAGAGAUGCAUGGGUAGUACGUGUGCGCCUGGUGGUUAUGCUACUAAUGACAGCGUGAUGCAUUUAUGCGAGCUUGCAGUCGCCGCCUCCGGACAGAGCCGUUGUCGAAGAAGAUGCUGAAUCAGCUGCGCGCUCGUGAGAUAGACUACCCCGGGUAGGCUUCAAAUUUCACAAAUGUCUCCUUUGCUUCUGACAAUAGAAGACGAUACAUUGGCAUAACGUUGGGAAUAGUUUAAAAAAAAAACAUUUUGCUGCUGGAAAUAAAUAGGCUGCCUGUCUAGAGAGAUGUUCAUCGCUCCAAAGGAGACAUCAAGUUUGACAACUGUAACCAUCUAGGCUACGAUGAAGCAGGGUGCACGAGGAGUUAGAGCAUUUGGUUUGGCUGGAGACUUUAUGUUACCGCUUAUAUCAAUGGCAUGACUAUUUCACCACGCACAAUGGAGGACAAAUCCAACAAACUCAUUUUGAUUCCGAUACUGGCCGUGGUCUUCUUGAUGAUAGGCUAUCAGUACCUUUGUCCAGCCGGCAGUAACUCUUGUCGCUUCCUAACUGGGGACAAGUUGAGUGGAAUGUUCCGCCAAUAUCACUCAGGGGACGACAUUUACGCGUACCAGGAAGGGCUGGAGUCGGAGGGUUCCUCAACAACUCUGUCCAAAUUCAAUUUUACUGACCGAGACCUUGAGCGACACGUGGAUUUCAACAUCAAAGGAGAUGACGUUAUAGUGUUCCUCCACAUCCAGAAGACCGGUGGGACUACUUUCGGACGGCACCUUGUCCGAAACAUUCACCUCGAACAGCCCUGUGAUUGUAUGCCAGGACAGAAGAAAUGUACCUGUCACCGCCCGGGCAAAGCGGAGUCCUGGCUUUUCUCCAGGUUCUCUACUGGCUGGAGUUGUGGUCUACAUGCGGACUGGACCGAGCUGACUAACUGCGUGCCUGUAGUGAUGAACAAGAAAGACAAGAAGGAUGCUCAGAGGGACCGACGGAACUUCUACUACAUCACCAUGCUAAGGGACCCUGUCUCCCGCUACCUGAGCGAGUGGAAGCACGUGCAGCGUGGUGCCACCUGGAAGACAGCCCUGCACAUGUGUGACGGCCGCUCUCCCACCCAGGAUGAACUGCCCGCCUGCUACAGUGGUGACGACUGGACCGGGGUCACGCUGACAAACUUCAUGGACUGCCCUUCCAACCUGGCCAACAACCGGCAGGUCCGCAUGCUGGCCGACCUCAGCCUGGUGGGCUGCUACAACGUCUCCACCAUCGGCGCCGAACGGGAGCGCGGCCGUGUCCUACUAGCCAGUGCCAAGAACAACCUCCGCAACAUGGCCUUCUACGGCCUGACCGAGUUCCAGCGCAAGACGCAGUACCUGUUUGAGCGGACGUUCGGCCUGCGCUUCAUCCAGGCUUUCACGCAGAUCAACAGCACGCGGGCGGCCAGCGUGGGGGUGGGGGAGGGGGCUCUGCGGCGGCGCAUCGAGGGGCUCAACGCCCUGGACGUGGAGCUGUACGAGUACGCCAAGGAGCUGUUCCUCCGGAGGUACCAGUACAGCCGCCAGACACAGCACCAGGAGCAGAGGCUGAGGAGGAGGCAGGAGAGGCAGGAGGAGAGGCAGCGGCUACACCAGCACACAGCCCCCAUCUCCAAAGCCAGGAGGGAGGAGGAGGAGAGGGAGAUAGAGGGGGUGGAAGGGGAGGAGGUGGGAGGUGUAGCCACCACAGAGGACUACAGCAGCCAGGUGGUGAGAUGGUGAGGCCGCAACACCCAUGCAAGGACUAGUACUUCCUGUCAGUUUCUCUCUCUCUCUAUCUUUCUCUCUCUCUCUCUCUCUCUCUCUCUCUCUCUCUCUCUCUCUCUCUCUGCCUUGGGCUGCCCAAUGGUGUCUUAAUCUUUCAAAUAGAUGUAUUUAUUAUUACUAUUUAUCAUGAUGUUGUCAACUUUUGUUUCUCCUCUCAUGCAGAGUUUAUUGUGUGUGUUCAUUUUCUAAUGCUUGUCUGUUCUUCAAAGUAGGUGAACAACUCUAGUGUCAAAUGGACAUUCUACAAGAUUUGAUCAGAAUCUCCAUGGGAGUGUACGUAAACAAAAUAAGCGCCUCAGGAUUCUUGAAAAGAAUGUGGUUCGCUUAGGGUUGCAAAGGGAGGGUAUAUUACUGGAAACUUUCGAAGUUUACCAGUAAACUACCAGGAUUUUGGUAGCUUUCUUUUUAUAUUUUAUCAGAUGGCAUCUACUGGCCAUUUUGGGUACUUCAGAUUAUCACAGGUGUCAGUAAUUAUCUGUGGCCCUCUAUGUGGCCUUAUCACAUGUAAAAUGUAUAAAAUAAUCAAGUAAGAUGAUUCUAAAAUAAGAAAUUAAAUGUAAAACCUGUAAAAUAUUAUCCUAAUAUAAAUCAUCAAUCAAAACCAUUGGUGUUUAAUAUGAGGGUUUCAGCAUUAAACACCUUUAUAUUUUUUUCACACGCUUUUAUUUAUUUAACUAUGUCUUUGUUGUAAAUGUUUUGGCGCCAAUGUGGUGGCAGUUGUGAAAAAAAGUCAAUAGUUGGAAGAGUUGCAGAGUAAGAUGAAAAUAAUGCCAUUCUUAAUUAGAUGCUUUUUUCAUUAAUUAGGCUAUUUUCUCUUGAACCAUAUGAUCUAUCCACUAGAAACUCAACAAUACGGACACAGAUAUAUAUUUGUUUUAUACAUAUAUGCAUAUAAAUAUUUUUAACGUUUAUUUGAGUAAAUUACCAAAGUUACCAAAGAUGACAUUUUAAUUACCAAAAUUACUGAAGAUUCCGUUAACCUAGCUUUACAACAUAGGACUUGCUCAUGAUUUCUAAAGUAAGAUAUGUUAGUAAAUAACACAAUAAAUUAUUCAUUAACCACCCUCCCAUACUUUGGUUAUUUAGGACAGGACUUGUAUUAGUUUACCUUGUAAGUUUGCUUUCCAACUAUGAGUUAGUAUGUACAGUAUGAUGGUAUUCAAGACAUUCACCUGUAGGAAACUUGUGCAUUAAAUGUACGCAGCAUACCACUGA